UUACAAGGAACAGGUGGCUGCGGUCUAACACUGCAAGCCUGCGAUUUGCAUAACACUCGCGCGCCUCUGUUCUCUUGAUGCCGCGCCCUCCCAAGCCAGGGUGCGGCGGCAGGUGUUGGGGCGCCGAAAUCCGUGGGCGCGCAGACAGCGCAUCAAGGUUCCAUUCAGUGCCAGCUGCCACGUGCCUGCCCGACACCGGGCCACUUAGCCACGCUCCAUGCAAAACCACGAACAACAACAACAACAAAAAGUGUGGGGAGGAGCCUUUGCCUCCGGAGCUUUCUUUGCCCGGCCUCGGGCCUCAUCCCUCCUCGGCCGAAGGGCCGCCUCUCUGUGCCCUGUUCCUCCGCCGCGCCGGACGCGCAACCCUGCCACCGGCUUGGAAACUGCGAGCGGCUAUCUGAAAUCUAUCCGCCUUUCGCCCCUAUCCAUCCUCGGGACAAGGGAAAUGAAAAGAGGCGUUGAGAUCAUUGUUCAAAGCCCCCAAGGACUGGCUUGGCCGGCCGUGUGUGCGUGUACAUAUAUACAGAUCAACUGGUACCAGAUGCGGAACCCACGCGACGCAGGCAAAACGUUUCGGGGCAUAGUUGUCUACACAAGCCUGGAGGAACCCAAGGGCUCGGCGGCGGGGUCGAGACACAUUACAAAUGGUCAGCUUUAAUCAUGGUGUCAGCUCAUUAACCCGGAAGGACCCGGUGCUGAAAUACAAUUUGCGCGUCCUCCUCUGCGCGGCCGCGGCGCGAGCUCCCGGGCCACGUCACAGCCCGGCCCGCGCGCCCCCGCACGGUUGCGGGGUAGAAGGGAGCAUCCUGGAAACCAACAGCCGACUCGCACCUGCCUGCGGCCUCUCCUCGCGGAUCUCCCGGGCGGGCUUCGCCCACCCCGCGGGAAACAGGCCGACGCGGCGAGCGGAGCCUGGGGAAAAAACAGUCUUUGGGGUAGGAGGAGGGCUUUCGUUGAACCCUUCUGAGCUAGCAAAUACUCGACGCCGGCAACCUGGACUAUCCUGAGCUCAUCUAAUAAUUCUUCACUUGAAUUCUCAGAGCAAACCCGUGGUGCCGAUCCUUAGCCCAAUGUACAGUCGGGGAAACUGAGGCCCAGGAGGAAAAAAAAAGUGACCAACCCAAGUAGAGUAAGCAAGAUGGAAGCCCGAGGUUGUCCCACUGCCUGUACGCGGCCCUGGGAAUGGGCGAGGGGCGGGGCAGGCAUUGAUCCUGAGCUUGGGAGUGGCUGCGGGGUAGACUGUGAGGACCCCGGCUAUCUCAAGCCCGCCCGGACGGGUGUUUGGGUGGAGUUGGCCUCUGCCAAGGCAGUGGCCAGGUGUGGCAGCGGCGGGGCAUCUGGGAUGAGCCCCGGAGAAACAGGUCCCAGACCCGGCGAGGUUCGAGGGCGGGGCAACGGUGGCGGGGAGCCAUGCAGCCUGGUUUGAGGACUCUUAUGAAACCGUGCAGCCUCGCGACCCCCAGCCGCCACCACCACCCGCUUCCGCGGGCUAGUUUGGGAGGAAAGUCAGAAGGAGCCUUCCGGCCCGGUGCUACGCUCCUUGCGAUCGCUUCGACUGUCUGGUCUACACAGGCGCGCGCUCCUGCGCAGCCUCCUCCUCCUCCCAGGCACCUCUUCGGACGCGAACACCGUAAACCUCAGGCUUGCUUCUGCAUAAACGAUUCUGCCGUGGCACGCAUUCGGUCCGCAAACGUGCGCUGCAGCGCCACAGACACACUGCCCCGGGCCCGGGAAAUGAUGGUGGUGGUGGCCCAGGCCGAAGACGGGGAGGUUGCAGCGGAGAGGCUGUGAGGGGAGACCGGGCAAACGGGUCCUCCACUCCUCCUCUCCUUUCAGCCGGUCACGGGCGGGGUCUCUCGCUGCCCCUCGGUUACGGACAGCAGUUCCACUGCAGGGGCCAGAGGGCCAAGACAGAAUCUCCCCGCCCUUCCUUGGGGGCAUUUUUUGGGGGGGGGGUGGGUCCCCGAGACUUCAUGGCGAAGGCAGAGGCCCAGACGCCCUCUCCUGGGCUGAGCGCAGCUGCAAACCACACGGCCAGGAACCUUCAGCGUCAGGAACCACCACCCACAGACACCCCGUCUCUCUGCCCUCGAGUGUGGCAAUCCUUCAACUCUGUCCCACCUCCCGCCCCACCCUCCUAGUCUUGGGGUAGCUCCGCCCCUCCUUAGUUCAACCAGAUUAACAGCCGCUACCCCGGGAGUCAGGCUCCUGGUCAUCCUUGGGAUCGCUUCCCCUCCCCCUUU